GAACGUGGGUUUCGUACCCACAUUGCAGAACCAGUUUUUAAUCUCCUCUGGAUCUCAGGCUCCCAGGAGGGUGGUUGUUGCCAGGCUGUCCAUCACGGUUCGGUUGUUGCGGGAGCAGAGGCUCCCAGGACUCAUUGAAAUUCUUUGCCUUCUCUGGCCGUUCCCUCCUGGCAGCUCUGGUCGGUUUUCAGUUGAUCCUCAGCUCCUCCCUCUAGGGGGGGAAUGCUUUCCUCUCUCUUCCAGCUCGCUCUCUUCUCACCACCCCACCAAAGUCCCUCAGCUCUGGCUGCUCAUUGUCCAGAAGAAACAUUUUAGGCCCUUACAGCGGCCUCCUAGGGAGCUUUGCUAAUUUGGCUGGCUAUGUGUGGUGAAUGUGCAAUUCCAUCUCUGUCCUUUUGUGGUCAGGGAAUGCAAACCCAUUUAUUUCAGUCUUACCAGUAGAAUAAGCUGCUGCCAAAGUAAAAGGUAAAUUAUAUAAUACCUCUGUGAACUAAAGAGAAAUGCUUCUGGGAUUAAUCCCAACAAGAAAAAAUUAUAAACAUCAGCAACAUAUUCUUGCUAUUACAACAUUCUCUCUUGGUGUACUGUGCACUGACAUGCCGGGUGACUUUGGGCAAGUUGCUUAUCCACUCCGGGUGUUGGUUUUCUCCUUAGGAAAAUUAGAAGAUCGGAUUAAAUCAGUGAUUCUCAGCCCUGGCUAUACAUUAGAAUCAUCUGGGGAAGUUUUAAAAACUAUGCCUUGGUUGAAGACCAAUUAACUAGAUCUCUGAGGGUGGAGGCCUGGUAUAAUUAUUUUUUAAAAAGUUGUUCAGGUGAUUCUUUUUUUUUUUUUUUUUUGGUAUGCGGGCCUCUCACUGUUGUGGUCUCUCCCGUUGCGGAGCACAGGCUCUGGACGCACAGGCUCAGCGGCCAUGGCUCACGGGCCCAGCUGCUCCGCGGCAUGUGGGAUCUUCCCGGACCGGGGCACGAACCCGCGUCCCCUGCAUCGGCAGGCGGACUCUCAACCGCUGCGCCACCAGGGAAGCCCAGGCUGCUGGUGGGCGCUCCCCAGGCCCUGGCCCUGCCUGGGCAGCAGGCGAAUCGUACUGGAGGCCUCUUCGCUUGCCCCCUGAGCCUGGAAGAGACUGACUGCUACAGAGUGGACAUCGACCGGGGAGCUGACGUGCAGAAGGAGAGUAAGGAGAACCAGUGGUUGGGAGUCAGUGUUCAGAGCCAGGGACCUGGGGGCAAGAUUGUUACCUGUGCACACCGAUACGAGGCGCGGCAGCGUGUGGACCAGACACUGGAGACGAGGGACGUGAUUGGUCGCUGCUUUGUGCUAAGCCAGGAUCUGGCCGUCCGCGAUGAGCUGGAUGGCGGGGAGUGGAAGUUCUGUGAGGGACGCCCCCAGGGCCACGAGCAAUUUGGGUUCUGCCAGCAGGGCACGGCUGCUGCCUUCUCCCCCGACAGCCACUACCUCCUCUUUGGGGCCCCAGGAACCUAUAACUGGAAGGGCACGGCCAGGGUGGAGCUCUGUGUGCAGGGCUCAGCGGACCUGGCACAUCUGGACGACGGGCCCUACGAGGCGGGGGGUGAGAAGGAGCAGGACCCCCGCCUCAUCCCUGUCCCUGCCAACAGCUACUUUGGUUUCUCCAUCGACUCGGGGAAGAGUCUGGUGCGAGCAGAGGAGCUGAGCUUUGUGGCAGGGGCCCCCCGUGCCAACCACAAGGGUGCUGUGGUCAUUCUGCGCAAAGACAGCGCCAGUCGCCUGGUGCCUGAAGUUAUGCUGUCCGGGGAGCGCCUGACCUCUGGCUUUGGCUACUCGCUGGCGGUGGCUGACCUUAACAAUGACGGCUGGACAGAUCUGGUAGUGGGUGCCCCCUACUUCUUUGAGCGCCAAGAAGAACUGGGGGGUGCCGUGUAUGUGUACAUGAACCAGGGGGGUCACUGGGCUGGGGUCUCCCCUCUCCGGCUCUGCGGCUCUCCUGACUCCAUGUUUGGGAUCAGUCUGGCUGUCCUGGGGGACCUCAACCAAGAUGGCUUCCCAGACCUUGCUGUAGGGGCUCCCUUCGACGGGGAUGGGAAAGUCUUUAUCUACCACGGGAGCAGCCUGGGGCUUGUCGUCAAACCUUCCCAGGUGCUGGAGGGCGAGGCUGUGGGCAUAAGGAGCUUUGGUUACUCUCUGUCGGGCGGCCUGGAUGUGGAUGGGAACCGCUACCCGGACCUGCUGGUGGGCUCCCUGGCCGACACUGCCGUGCUCUUCAGGGCCAGGCCUGUCCUCCACGUCUCCCACGAGGUCUCUAUUCUUCCAAGAAGCAUCGACCUAGAACAGCCCAACUGCGCCAGUGGCCACUCGGUCUGCAUGGACCUCAGGGUCUGUUUCAGCUACAUUGCAUCGCCCAGCAGCUACAGCCCCGCUGUGGCCCUGGAGUACACGUUAGACGGGGACACGGACCGGAGGCUCCGGGGACAGGUGCCCCGUGUAACCUUCCUGAGCCGUGGCCCAGAUGACCCCAAGCACCAGGCCUCGGGCACCGUGUGGCUGAAACACCAGCAUGACCGAGUCUGUGGAGACACUAUGCUUCAGCUCCAGGAGAAUGUCAAAGACAAGCUUCGGGCCAUCGUGGUGACUCUGUCCUAUAGUCUCCAGACCCCUCGGCUCCGGCGACAGGCUCCUGCCCAGGGGCUGCCCCCCGUGGCCCCCAUCCUCAAUGCCCACCAGCCCAGCACCCAGCGGACAGAGAUCCACUUUCUGAAGCAAGGCUGUGGUGAAGACAAGGUGUGUCAGAGCAACCUGCAGCUGGUCCACGCCCGGUUCUGCACCCGUGUCAGCGACACGGAGUUUCAGCCUCUGCCCAUGGAUGCGGAUGGGACGACAGCCCUGUUUGCACUGAGUGGGCAGCCAGUCAUCGGCCUGGAGCUGAAGGUCACCAAUCUGCCUUCGGACCCAGCCCAGCCCCAGGCUAAUGGGGAUGACGCCCAUGAAGCCCAGCUCCUGGUCACCCUCCCUGCCUCUCUGCACUAUUCAGGAGUCCGGGCCCUGGACCCUGCGGAGAAGCCGCUGUGCCUGUCCAAUGAGAACGCCUCCCAUGUUGAGUGUGAGCUGGGGAACCCCAUGAAGAGAGGUGCCCAGGCCACCUUCUACCUCAUCCUUAGCACCUCAGGGAUCACCAUUGAGACCACAGAGCUGGAGGUGGAGCUGCUGUUGGCCACGAUCAGCGAGCAGGAGCUGCGGCCGGUCUCUGCCCGAGCCCGUGUCUUCAUCGAGCUGCCGCUGUCCAUCACGGGGGUGGCCAUUCCCCAGCAGCUCUUCUUCUCUGGUGUGGUGCGGGGCGAGAGCGCCAUGCAGUCUGAGCGGGACGUGGGCAGCAAGGUCAAGUAUGAGGUUACGGUCUCCAACCAAGGCCAGUCACUCAAGACCCUGGGCUCGGCCUUCCUCAACAUCAUGUGGCCCCACGAGAUUGCCAACGGGAAGUGGCUGCUGUACCCCAUGCGGGUGGAGCUGGAGGGCGGGCAGGGGCCGGGGACGAGGGGACUCUGUUCCCCCAGGCCCAACGUCCUCCACCUGGAUGUGGACAGCAGGGACAGGAGGCGGCGGGAGCUGGGGCAGCCGGAGCCACGGGAGCCUCACGAGCAGCCGGAGCCCAGCACGUCCUGGUGGCCAGUGUCCUCUGCUGAGAAGAAGAAAAACGUCACCCUGGACUGCACCCGGGGCACGGCCAGCUGCGUGGUGUUCAGCUGCCCUCUCUACAGCUUUGACCGUGCAGCUGUGCUGCAUGUCUGGGGCCGCCUCUGGAACAGCACCUUCCUGGAGGAGUACUCAGCUGUGAAGUCCCUGGAAGUGAUUGUUCAAGCCAACAUCACCGUGAAGUCCUCCAUCAAGAACUUGCUGCUCAGAGAUGCCUCCACAGUGAUCCCAGUGAUGGUAUACCUGGACCCCGUGGCUGUGGUGGCAGAAGGAGUCCCCUGGUGGGCCAUCCUUCUGGCUGUACUGGCCGGGCUGCUGGUGCUGGCGCUGCUGGUGCUGCUGAUGUGGAAGAUGGGAUUCUUCAAGCGGGCGCGGUACCCCGAAGCCACUGUGCCCCAGUACCACGCGGUGAAGAUCCCACGGGAAGACCGGCAACAGUUCAAGGAAGAGAAGACGGGCACCAUCCUGAGGAAUAACUGGGGCGGCCCCCGGGGCGGAGGGCCCGAUGCACACCCCAUCCUGGCUGCGGAUGGGCACCCGGAGCCGGGCUCCGAUGGGCACCCUGUGCCAGGCACUGCCUAGCCUCCUCCUUCCCAGCCUGGCCCAUGGGUCCCCUGCACCCCUUCCCCAGAGAUGGCUCCUAGGGAUGAAGGGGGCAGGCUGGGUUGCCGGUGUCCCAUCAGGAUGUGGCAGGAUCUGUUUUCUCAGGGGCACAGACCUCUCUCCCCGUGAGGACCACACCCACCCCCCCCAAACCUCCCCUUAGGAUGCUGUGAGAUGAGAGGGGGUAAAUCAGGGAUGGGUGAGGAGGGCAGUGGUGUCCUGAUGCAAAAGUGGGGAGAAGGGACCCUAAUCCUUCCCUCUCCCAUUCACCCUGUAUAAUGAGACCCCGAGGACCUAUCUCCCUGAAAGUGCCUUAAGCCCAGAGGGUGGGGAGGAGGUUAUGUCGCUGACUCAGGGGCUCUUCCCUCCCUGGCUUCCCCUCUCCUCUGACCUUAGUUUGCUGCAUCCAUCAGUGGGUUUUGUCUAUUUAUUAAAAACGAUGUGAGGAC